CGUAGCUCCCUGGCUCUGCGCCGAGAUUUCAAAUUGCUUUGUGGAGCGACAGUUGAGAGGUUCGCCGCAGCCAGUCGGAUUGUCUUCACGCUAUCGGCAAACAUAGCUCGCUGAAGAAUAACAUUUGACCUCUUAGGGUUCAUAUAUCUCGGCAGACAUGGCUCCUCAGAAGAGGACCACGAAACAAGCCAAGCAAAACCCUAGGCAGGCCAAACUCGACGCCUUCCUCGAAGACUUCGACGCAGAAGUGAAGUCCAGGGUUCUGCAUCUGAAGGAGCAGCAGAUGCAACUGCUGACGGAGAUUGACAACAGAUACAACAUGGCCAUCAUCAAGCUUCCCAAGGCCGUCAGGCAGAUGAACUGGCUGCUCUACUUCAAUCCAGAGAAACCUCAAUCCCCAACGGUGGACGAUUCAAAGAGAGAAGAGGUUCCUGAACUGGAGAACAUUCUGGUUGAGAACCACAUGGCCGCUCCUAAAACGCUCCAGAAGGCGUCAAAGAAGGAGAGCAAUGCCAAGUCUAGUCCAGAAGACGAGAACACGGCACCUCAGACCAAGACGAAGAAGGGCAAGUCCAAGAGGCCCCCCGUCACCUCCAAGAAGACCAGGGUCCAGUCGGUCCUCGGGCAGACCGGCAGGAAGUCUACCAGGAAGAAUUUGGUCACUCCUGCCAGAAGCAUGCUGGACUCUUCUAUGAUGAUGGGCGCCACUCCGCUCAUCACACCCCGCUUCGACCCCAGGCUUCCCAAGACCCCCGGGGUGAGGGUCCCCCGCCACAAGGAGAGGAUCUACAGCAUCUCGGUCAACGGCUCUCCCGUACAGUCCAGCAACCAGGACAUCGUCAUCAACGUUCCCAUCGGCAACGGAGAGAACAUCCAGCUGCUGGCCAGCCAGAUGGACAGUGUGGACCUGUCGUCGCUGGAUGAGGCGGCCCUCGAGGGAAUCAGACGCCUGCAGAGUCGCCUGGCAACCCUGUUGUGAGCAGGGAGCUUGAAUGGACCUUCGACUGACGCAGACUUGUAAAUAGUGUAUCUGCUGUACUUUUAUUGUGGAGAACUUUGGAGCAACUUUCCUUGUGCAUUGAUGUCCGCAGAGCUGAAAAUAUUGAUAAUCUGGUCACUUAUACCUUGUAAAGAUUAUCUGGUCAUCAGGAUUCAUUGAUGUGUAUGUAUGAACCUUUUUUCAGGUGUUUUUAGAAAAUGUUAAGUGCUUUCUGUAUGGAGUGCAUUAUGGGUAUCCCGUGAUACCUUUGACCAGCACCAGCAGAUGGGAGCCUUGUAUUAAAAGUUCAAAAAGGGUAAA